CUCUCGGCGACGGUACCUGCGUCAGCACCAAGGCUGUAGGGGAGAGAGUGGGUGCGUUUCUGUAGCUCCAGCCCCGAUCCUCGGGGAUGGCCCCUGUACCCCCAUCCUCGGGGCGGGCGGUGGUCGACGAACCAGGACCUUCCCGAGUCCCACUCCGACGGCCACUCCGCCCCCAGGCAAUCUAGGCCCAUCACCAGCAGUCCCUCUCGGAUGGAGGUCCUGGACGAGUUCGACAGCGAGUUCCCUCAGAGUGUGACCUUCUGCCAGCUCAUCUCCGAGGAGGACUUCGAGAGACAGGCGGCGACCUACACCGAGCGAGCCCUGCGCCGCCUCUUCCGCACCCUCGACCGCAACCCGGCGCUGGCCGAGAGGGUGGUGCGCAAGGGCAAGCAGACCGAGUGCGAGCAGCGCGGGCUCCUCUCCUUCCUUUGGGCGAAGUUCAACUGUGCUGUACAGGGGGAACUGAACCGGUGCAACAGCAUGGGUGCCUUAGAAAUGCACCAACGCCUGGAGCAGCUCAAGAAGCGCAUUGCUCGUGUGCACCUGUACUCCCAGGGUGCCAAGAAGAGGAGAAGGAAACUCAAAGUGAAGAAACCAAAACCCAUCUUACAGGACCGGGCGACCUCCCCAUGCCUGCCAUCAACCUUGUUGCCACCUCUGCCGCUACCACCUGUCACCACCAUGGACUCUGUGGUGGCCUCAUCACCCCCUGUCUACACUAUGCCUAGGGUCUUUGGCCCCUUCCCUCCGCUGUCCAGCAAGCCGAUGGAGAAAUUAGACAUUACAAGGUCUGAAGUGAAAUUAAACUGGAAUGGCCUAUCAUCAAACCCAAAGAGUCACAUGGUUGAUCUGACUCCAUUGGUCCUCAACCCCGGAGGCUUUCAUUUCUCAUACUUGGCUGGAAACAAUGCACACAAACUCCACUGCCCUGGCUUCCCCUGGACUCCAGCCUGUAGUGGAUCCCCCAACACCGGUGGGACUCCAUCCCCUGGUGUGAAGGCUUCCAUCUUCACCCCACCUGUCCUACUCAAGUUCCAGCCUGUAUCCAGACCAAAAGAAGAUUCAGAGAAUGACCCUGGCAGCGCAGAGUCCAUGCCCCCCAAGAGGAGCCAGUAACUUCUUCCCUACAGAUCACGGCAUGAGGAAUAAAUAAAAUUCCCAUGGAGAUAACAUCUUUGUACUGGGGUCCCCAGGAGUUGUGUGAUCCACAGGCUCCCUCUGACCAGAAGAGGGCACUGGGGAGUGCAAGCCUGAGCCACCUGGGUCUGAGCCUGUGAUGUAGGUGACUGGCUCAGCGCCAUGUGACGUCCACUUGCUUGCACU